GUUCAACUGGGGCAAGAAGGAGGGCUACGGCACCUACUCAUGGCCAGACGGCUCCAUGUACAUGGGCCAGUGGCACUCCAACGCCAUCAACGGCUACGGCCACUACAUGGGCCGGGACGGCCGCGAGUUCCAGGGAAUGUGGCGUGGCGCGGUCAUCCACGGAUGCGGUCGCUACUCCUGGCCCGACGGGCGGAC